AUGACUUUUAUCGUCAAUUCUUUGCUGGAUACUGAUCUGUACAAGAUCACGAUGCACGCGGCGAUCUAUAUAAACCUGCCAAACGCAGAAGCUGUUUUUGGGUACACCAAUAGGACGCCAUCGAUGCAACUGAACAAGGCCGCUUUAGACUGGCUGCGCACACAGAUUGACCAUUUGGGUUCGCUCAGGUUUACUCCGAGCGACAUUGACUAUCUCAGAACCGAACUGCCUUUCUUGCCUGAAAAAUAUCUCGAAUUUAUCAAGGAUUUCAAGCUGCGGCCUGCUGAACAAGUGAAACUCCUAAACGUGGACAAACCGGAGGAAUUCGGUCUUGAGGUGACCGGCAAGUGGGUCGAUGUCACGCUGUAUGAGAUUCCACUACUAUCUCUCAUAUCGGAAGCUUAUUUUAGGUAUGUGGAUACCAACUGGACCAACGAGGGACAAUUGGAGAAAGCCAGACAGAAAGGAGCCAAGCUACUUGCCAAUGGCUGUGCAUUCAGCGAGUUCGGCACCCGUAGAAGACGGUCAUUAGAAACACAACGCCUGGUAAUGAAAGGGCUGUGUCAAGCUGCCAAGGAGGCCGACAAUGGUGAGCUGUUUCUGGGAACGUCCAACGUGAUGUUUGCCAGAGAAUUUGGAGUCAAACCAAUUGGCACAGUCGGCCACGAGUGGAUGAUGGGAAUUGCGGCUGUCACACAGGACUACAAAAAUGCAAACAAGUUGGCAAUGGACUAUUGGCUCAAUACAAUGGGCACUGCAAAUGCCGGUCUGGCAUUGACCGAUACUUUUGGUACAGACGCUUUUUUGAGAGCAUUUGUUCCACCCUACUCCGACCACUACGUUGGGGUGCGCCAGGAUUCUGGCUCUCCUCUGGAUUACACCGACAAAAUAUCUCACCACUACCUGGAAGUGUUGAAGCUACCUAAAUUCUCGAAAGUGAUCUGCUACAGCGACUCGCUCAAUGUUGACAAAUGUAUCGAAUACAAGAAGAAAGCUGAUAGUUGUGGCAUGCGUGCGUCUUUUGGCAUUGGCACAAACUUGACUAAUGACUUUGAAGGCUCUUCUCCGUUGAACAUUGUUAUUAAGCUCAAAAGUAUGAACGGAAACCCGGCCAUCAAGAUCAGCGACAACCUGGGCAAGAACAUGGGAGAUCCAUCCACCGUUGCCCGCGUGAAAAAGGAGCUGGGCUAUGUCGAGAAGGAGUGGGCCGAAGGCGACGAGGCACACCGGUGGUAA